GGUUGUCUUAACUCUUAAGAAGUCUAAUGUAAAGGUAUAUCUAUUCCAGCUCAGUCCCGAUUUCAAGAUUAAGUUUAUGCAUUUAAAAUUUGACCGAACCCAUUAAAUAUUGGUUGCUUUAUUAUUGUAUGACUAAAUUUAUUUUAUGAACGUGGGACAGUAUUUUUCACUUGAAAAAUAGAAAAAAGGAGAGAGAGAAAGCCAAAGAUUGUUUCAAAAUGACUGGUAGUUUUCCUAAUAAAAUAAAACAUGUAGUUUUGGCAGUCAACUUUCUCCAAGUAGAAAUUCCCCGAGAUCCCAUCUGAUUCCAUCUGUGAUCAUAGUCUGGUUCCCAUCAUUCAUCUCGGUAUUCCUUGCAUUGCCCAAAAACAGAGCAAGUCACAGAAGCUAUUGAACUGCCAAAAUGGGUGCUGUGGUGAAGCUCAUAGAUGCCACCAUCUUCUUGUUCCUUGUUGUAAUUGUGGUAGGGGCACCAUUGAUCGACUCGCAGAUUUGUUUGCCUCCCAGUAUCUUCCCCAACUUCCUGAUUGACCUGAAGAACUGGUACACCAGCGAGUUUGGGGAUUAUUUCUUUACUAACACACCUCAUUUCUUUGUCGGGAUGGUUUGGCUUCAACUCCUCUUUCAGUGGCCUCUUGCUCUUCUCAAUCUGUAUGGCAUUUUGGGAUCCAAAUCUUGGUUCAAAACCACCUGCUUGAUGUACGGCGUCUCUGUCAUAUCUACCAUGGUUCCUAUACUAUCAGAACUGCUAUGGUCCGGAAAGGCAUCAGAUAAGAUGAUAAUGGCUUACUCUCCUUUCAUGGGGUUAGGUGUUUUGGCCACCCUUCGUGGGCUGCUCCCACACCCUACAACGAAGACUACAUCAACCGAUGGCAAGAAACCUCCAUUGUCUAGAAAAAAGAGGGUUUAGACUGAAAUUUUUGUAAUCUUUAGUGUUCAUUUAAAGAGACCUUUAUGAUUAUCUUCUAAUGGAACUCUUUCUAGUGGUCUCUUUGGAGGAUUCCUUAAUUUCAUUCGAUGAAGAUUUAUGGAAAUGUAUGGAGAUGAUUUUUCAUCCAAUCUUGGAUUUCAGACCUUGGUUCACUUUAUUGAAUUUAUUUUCUUAUAAUGCUUUAUUGAAUUUAUUUUCUUAUAA